AUUUAAUUUUUCUAUUAACAAAAACGUGGGCUCCAUACAUUUUUAUCAGCUCAACGAUAUUUAGCGCUGCUAAGACCUUAUCGAUUGGGGAUAAUCACCUGUCCCAACUGUUGCGAACAAAGUAGGCUAUCAGACCUGCUGCUAGACGACUGCGAUGUUGCCAUAAACUGUCCAAGUGUACUACUACAAACAAAGCCUUUUGCUGAAGGAAAACCAGUGCCAAUGUGACGGAGAAAAGCAAUAAGUAGACAUCCGUCUCCAGAUCCAAAGAAAACUCAGAACAAAACAAAAUCAUGACCGACUCACGCAAACCUCCCGCGAAGGUUGUUCCAGUUCAUCGGGGGAAAACCACAACCAACGCCAUUGCCGAAACGUGUCAGCGGGCCUGGAUCGAAAGUGACAGGCACCGGCAGCCGGAAUCGGAACGGGAACCAUUCCUUACCACCGGCAGCAGUUCGGACGGGAGCGAAACGUCCAGCCUGGAGUGCGAACAGUUGUGCACGGGGACGCGUGGGGCUCGCGAAAAGAAAAAACCGCGCAUUUUCGCCAUCGAUCUGGAACGGGGAAACGGCGGAAAACGACAGUGUGACGGCAGUACCGGUGAGCUGACACCGUCGGGUUCGGUCGGUUCCACCGGAACGGGAACGAGCGCCGAUAGCCGUACCAGUAACGAGGAUUCUCACAGCGAUGCCAAACUAGUCGAUAAGCUGCAAAAGGUGAACCGACGGAGGCGGAAACAGCCGCAAAGCAGGACCGCCAAGCUGAUCCAGUUGUGUCAGUGCUGUCCUUGGACCGUGCCGUGGAGUCUGCUGAUUGUCAGUGCCCUGCAGAUCGCCAUUUUUACUUAUGAUAACGAUGCCAUCAACCAGAAACUCAUCUUCUCACCCGUGAAACAGUAUGAGAUUUGGCGCUUUGUAACGUACACUUUUCUACACAUGGGAACUGUUCAUCUUGUGCUGAAUAUCAUCAUACAGAUUCUUGUAGCAUUUCCACUGGAAACGGAACAGGGUCAUGGUAAGGUGCUGUUUGUAUACUUUAUCGGUACGCUGGCCGGUGCUUUAGGUGCUUCCGUCUUUGAGCCUACCCUAAUGGUAGGCGCCUCCGCCGGUGUAUAUUGCUUGCUCAUGAGCCACAUACCACAUAUCAUCAUGAACUUUCGCACGUUAUCGUAUCGUUACUAUCGACUUAUUGCCGUGCUGAUGCUGUGCAUUAGCGAUGUCAUGUACUCCAUCCGUCACUGCCUUACCAAAGGAAACCAUCAGCCAAGAAUCGGUGUGGCAGCCCACAUCAGUGGUGCUGUUUGUGGGCUCCUGAUAGGUUUCGUCGUCUACCGGUCCAAGGUAGAGCCCGACACGUCCAAAGUCAUUGUGGUGUUUCGGACGCUACGGUACCUAGCGGCGGUACUACUGCUGGCGUGGAUUGGCUGUACCGUGCUCUACAACCUCGACCGAAGCCAUGUGAUUCAGAUCCUCUAGCCAUAGUGUGUCGGUAGUCAAUGUAAGUUAAGUUUCUAAACGCCCAAACGAUCUAUUCAAAGUUUGUACAGUACCGUAAGUUUGCGUAAGA